AUGAAUCAAAACCUCUGGGAAUCCCUGGUGCUGUGCUAUCUUAUGGACGAUAUCAUCCAGCGAUCCAUUUUUUCAUUUGGUGAAAAAGAAUGUCUGAAGACUUCAUGGAACUCUACAAUUAUUCAAAGAGCAAAACUCGUGGCGAUAAUUGUGAAAAUUUUCAAAAAAGUCCUUCAUUUUUCUCGACUCUCAAGACCGAUCCAAUCAGGUUAUUCUUUGUCUUCAAACAUACAACAAGACAAACGGACUGCGAUGUCUUGGGCGACCUACUUCUCUGGCGAUCGGAUGCAGGGAAGCGAGAGCGAGAACGGAAGCGAAGAUACACCUGGUGUAUGGAGACCUCUUUCGCAGUUUCUUACAUGGCCGUUUACCUCAAGUUGCGCGGAUGAAAGUCCUGUUUCGACCUGCUACUACAAUGAGCGCGCGGAUCAUAAAGGCAUCACUGGCGCUCGAUGGUGGUGUUUGUCGUCACAGAUGAAAACCACAACGUCGCCAAAUUCUAGGGAUUCACAUGAGUGUUCUCAGCAAAUUCGAAAUAGGUCCAGCGACAAGACAAGAUCAUCAAUAGAGCCUUCAGAAAUGGUCAUGAACUUUAGCUACACACCACCAACAUUAUUCAACACAGUGAAUCACAAUCGAAAUGUUGGUGUUGAGGAGCGCGAAGCUACAAGUGGUAUGGUGAGGACAUGUCUGGUUGGCGAAGAGCCCGGCUUUGUUCGAUCGCCUCAUUCUGCUCCCAACCGGGAUUGGUCGCAUGGCUUGCCUUAUCCCUUUCAAAAACGUGGCCUACCUACAGCCAAUAAAAUGAAGACCACCGUGUUGGAUCACUCGCACAUCCUACCUUCUAAGAAUCGUCCUUUGGCCCUGACGAAUCCCAACGGUCAGGAUGAACUGAUUGAAAGUGACUUGACCGCUUCAUCAACCAUGCUGAAGAUCAACACAAGAUCCGAUCAAAGUUUAGGAAUCAAAUUAAGGGAAAGCAAAUUUACAUUCAUAGGCUCAACUCGGGAAAACUCGUCUUUAUUAAUUCAUCAUGUUAGACUCAGGUUUUGUAUUGCGGUGCUCUAUCAGAGAGCAGAAAAAGCUUGCAAGAUAAAUUUAUUUUGGAAUGGUGAAGGAAGACAGAGUCUAUAUAAUUACUGUAACUCUCUCUAG